AUGCUUGUCAAGUCGAGUCUCGUCUUCGCUUCCGCGGCUCUUGUUUUGGGUGCGCCCUCCUCGUCGCAGCCCUAUGGAGAUGCCUACGAUUAUAUCGUCGUCGGCGGUGGCACCGCUGGAGUAGCCGUGGCCGCCCGUCUCAGCGAGGGGCUUCCUGCCUCCAAGAUUCUCUUGAUCGAGGCCGGACCCGCGGUCUGGGACGAGCCUAAAAUCAACGUCCCAGGUAUGAAGGGAACGACGCUGGCUACCAAGUACGACUGGAACUUCACCACCGUGCCCCAGCUCAAUGUCAACAGCCGGUCUUUCACCGUUAACCGGGGCAAGGUCCUUGGAGGUAGUUCCGCUCUCAACCUCAUGUCCUAUGACAGGGCGGCCAUCGCCGAGUACGACAGCUGGGAGGCUCUCGGUAAUCCGGGAUGGAACUGGGAGACGAUGAUCGCCGCCAUGAAGAAAUCCGAGAACUUUACUGGCAUCAACACCGAUACAUACGGUUCCGAGGGCGUUGGCGACAGUGGCCCGGUUAAGGCUGUCAUCAAUAGGAUCAUCCCAGAGCAUCAGAACACGUGGAUCCCAACGAUGAACUCUUUGGGUAUCAAGACCAACUUAGAGUCACUGGGAGGGAACCCCCUUGGCGUCAUGUACCAGCCUAGCAGCAUCGACCCUACGCACUACAACAGGUCCUACAGUGCCAACGCAUAUGUCCCCAUCGCCGGCUCGAACUUGGUCAUCCUUCCCGACACAACUGUUGCUAAGGUCAACCUAGAGAAGGUGGCAGCAAACUCGACUCAACAAAGAGCUUCUGGUGUAACUCUCCAGGACGGAACUGUGAUACAAGCUCAGAAAGAGGUGAUUCUCUCUGCUGGUUCCAUCCAAAGCCCAGGCCUGCUGGAGCUGUCUGGUAUUGGCCAAGCUUCGGUUCUCAAUGCCUCUGGCAUUAACCAAGUCAUUGACCUUCCCGGUGUCGGCGAGAACCUGCAAGAUCACCUCCGCAUUCAGAGCUCUUACCAGUUGAAACCCAACUACACCUCGUUUGAUAUCCUUCGCAGCAACGCCACUUUUGCUGCAGAGCAGUUGGCCCUCUGGAAUGCUGGCGAAGUCUCGCUUUAUGACUACACUGGAUCUGGCUACACCUUCAGCACGUGGGCUCAGGUAAUUGGUAACGACUCGCGUAUGGUUGCUCUUGCCGAAGAGGCUGCCGGUGAGGAUCCCAGUAUCGUCGACCAGAAGAAAUUAGAGUUCAUGUCCAACCCGUCCAUCCCCCAGCUCGAGGUAAUCUUCUCAGACGGCUACACGGGUGUCAAGGGCUACCCUGCAGCCACCUCACCUCUCUUCGGCAAGGGAUUUUUCACUCUCAUCGCCGCCAUCAUGCAUCCCAUGAGCCGAGGCUCGAUCCACAUCAACCCGUCUGACACCGCUGGCAAGCCCAUCAUCAACCCCAACUACUUCGCUCACGAGCACGACCUCGAGGCUGCCAUCCAGGCCAUCAAGUACUGCCGAAAGAUUGCCCAGACAGAGCCCAUGAAGUCAACUUGGGAAAGCGAGUACGAGCCCGGUUUGGAUGUUGUACAGACCGACGAACAGUGGAAGCAGUUCGCCCUCAAUACCACGUUGAGCAUCUUUCACCCCGUUGGAACAUGCUCCAUGCUGCCGAAGAAGGACGGAGGUGUCGUCGACGCCAACUUGAAGGUUCACGGCACGUCCAACCUGCGAGUGGUUGAUGCCAGUAUUAUUCCCCUUCUCAUCUCCGCUCAUGUUCAGACUGCCGUUUACGGUAUUGCUGAGAUUGCUGCCGAACGCAUCAUUGCCGAUGCUGCGUGCUAG